AGCGCACUACUGGAGCGCGCGGAGGACUGACAGCUUGACAUCAGACACACCGUGGGUCUGAAAGUACGGCUCUGAACUGACUUAUAAUUUUCCACCUGUGUGCACUGCUCACAAAAAUUGACAGCUUUACAAAUGAAUUCGGAAUCGGGGAUCGUGGCCGACUUUGAAGUCGGAGAGGAAUUUCACGAGGAGCCUAAAACGUAUUACGAGCUGAAGAGCCAGCCGCUGAAAAACAGUAAUCCAUCUGAGCAGCAGCAUGGCUCCUCUAAGCCCCCGCUGGGUUCGUCGGCCAUGACCUCUCGUAUCCUGCUCCGCCAGCAGCUGAUGCGCGAGCAGCUCCAAGAGCAGGAGAGACGAGAGCAGCAGAGACAGCAGAGCUCAGCGUACACACAGCCCUCCAUCACCCAGAGCCCCGCCAUCAACGUCAGCGUCCCCGCCGGCCUGCCCAGUGCCACCCAGGUGCCCAUGGAAGUGCUGAAGGUUCAAACGCAUCUUGAAAACCCCACGAAGUAUCACAUCCAGCAAGCUCAGAGGCAGCAGGUGAAGGCGUAUCUGUGCACCACCCUGGGAGGAAAGCUCGGCUCGCAGGCCGUGAGUUUGCCGUGUCCCAGCCAGGCCCCUGACCACGGGGGAAUGCCUCCGGGGCCGGGCAACAGCGCCCCCAACAGUCCCAUGGCCUUACUGACCCUCAACUCCAACUGCGAAAAAGAGAUGGAUGAUGUCAUUGAUGACAUCAUUGGUUUGGAAUCCAGUUACAAUGAUGAUGUCAUGGGACUCUCGUUGGACCCCGGACUUCAGAUGGCCAACACGAUCCCUGUGUCAGCGAACCUCUUGGACAUGUAUGGUAACCCGGGCAUGCCGCCUCCAGGAAUCUCUGUCAGUAACUCAUGCCCUGGUAACCUGCCCAACAUUAAAAGGGAAUUCUCUGUUGCUCCAUCUCCAUCCAUGAUGCACAUGAUGGACAAGCCCAGCUCCUGUAGCAAGUUUGACAGCUAUCAAAGGCCUGAAGGGUUUCCUGUGGAGGCAGAAGUUCGCGCUUUUGUAAAGGAAAGGCAAAAAAAGGACAACCAUAAUUUAAUUGAGAGGCGACGGAGAUUCAACAUUAACGAUCGAAUCAAAGAACUGGGGACUAUGAUUCCUAAAUCAAAUGACCCGGACAUGCGCUGGAACAAGGGCACUAUCCUGAAGGCCUCUGUGGAUUACAUCAGGAAACUUCAGAGAGAGCAGCAGCGGGCCAAAGAGCUGGAGAACCGUCAGAAGAAGCUGGAACACGCCAACUGCCACCUGAUGCUCAGGAUACAGGAGCUGGAGAUCCAGGCUCGUGCUCACGGACUGGCCGUCUCCUCGUCUACACUCGGGUCAUCAGAGCUGGCAGCCCGGCCCAUCAAACAUGAGGCGGUCCGGGGCGACUGCUCCCGGGAUAUGUACCCUCACAUGCACCCGUCUUGCCCCGACAUGGGCCGCUCCAGCACCCUAGACCUUAACGACGGCACAAUCACCUUUAACGACUCUAGCACUUCCAGUGAUGUGGGGGCUUAUGGUCUUGUCCCAAAGGCAGAUGGAGACAUCAUAAUGGACGACACAUUGACAUCUGUAGCAACGAGCGACCCACUCCUCACCUCCGUCUCGUCUGGAGCCUCGAAGGAAAGCAGCUGUAAGGACAGCGUGAACAUGGAGGAGAACGAGCAUGUUUGUUAGUGCAGCCAAACCGUCGUUUGGCUCUUUAGGACCGCCGGUCAUUGUUGUGUUUUUCCGGUAACACAAUUGACUUCAAAGGAGGAAGUGCAGCCUGUUUUGUCAAGUGCAAAAUAAUGCUUUCUUGUUUACACUAAAUGUAUUUUAUUGUAUUUGUACCUUAUUCCAAAUUUCAUUGUGUUAUAAUAAUAUCAUGAAAAAUCAAGGUCAGUAUCAUAAAACGAUUGAUUUGUGUAACUUCACAUAGGUGUAUUAGAAUAUAAUCAACUUUGGGAUAGUAUAAAAGUGCACUUGAAAGGUGAUUUCUUUGGAUGUACAGUAGUGUGAUUGUGCACAGUUUAGAAAAAUAUUUCUCUUUUUACAUAUCUUUGUAAAGGAAUGAUUUAAACAAAAUGCUUCCCAUUUAAUGUGUAAAUAGUAAGCGACAGACAGUUGAUGUUUAAAAGGAUAGUUCACUCAAAAAUGAAAAUCAAAGAUGUAGGUGUUUUUUGUUUUGUUUUUUCCAGUAGAACAGUAAAGAAGUUUUUAGCUGAAACUGUGGUCCAUAAAAUGCAAGUCUGCGGCUACCGUCACUUCGAGUUGAAAAAGCAUAUGCAGGCAACAUAAAAUGAAUACCCGUUGCUCCUUAUGAUAUAUUGAGGUCUUAUGAAGCAAAAUGAUCAGUGUGUGCAAGAAACUGAACAUUAUUUACAACAUUAUUACCUGUAGUCCAGAGCUUCAGGCAAAUGGUUCGGAGUGAUGUCUGGUUUGCAAACAAACCAUUCUUUUGAACUGAUUCUCUUUAAUUGGACUGAACCCUCUGAAACAGUUUCUACUAGUUACUUAAUCAAAACUCACUUUCAGACAGACGUCUGACAGUCACUCUGAUUUGAAAUAAGCUGAAAUAGUGGUGAAUAUGUUCCUAUAAUGAAUGAACUCAUUGAGUUCCUUUAACAGUCACUGAACGAAGGAGACAUUUAGAUUCGGACUGAUGACUGAUGAGCCGCUGAUAUGCGCAUGCAUGAGCUGAAUGCUUGAAUGAAGGGGCAUAAUGAAUGUUUUUAUGGUUUCUCCUGGUUUAUGUAAAAAGGUGAGGGAAGUAAAUGAAAAUGUCAUUUUUGGGUGAAAUAGUCCUUUAGCAUAGCUACAUUAAUCAUAACUAGUUCAUAACUGUUGUGAAAAUGUCUGUUGAAUGUCGUUCUAACAUCACUCAAUGUUUAAGGAAAGUUUUGAGCAAAUGCUCUACAGAUCGUAUCUUCCAGAUGAAAGCUCACACAACCAGUAGAUGGACAGUGUUGCUGUUUGAAACAGCUGGCUCUAAAUUAUUUCUUUCAGUUAUUAAUUAAUGGCAAUAGUCACUCAGUAUUAAUGUUUCUGGUCCAGGAGAAUUUGCCGUAGCACAGUUCAUUUGGAUGAAGAAAUUCACAUGUGGAAGGACCAUUUGCACACAGCAUUUGAAAAAUCCAGCUGAUUUUCAGAUGUCCCAGAAUAAGCGAUAAGCAAUAUUCAGCUUUAACUCUGCAGAAAACCCUCAAAUACGGUUCUAGUGGUUUUACGCAGUGCCUUUAUAAUUAUGCUAAUGCAUUUCACCUCAUGCAUUUCUUAAGAUACUUUGAGGAUGCAUUUUAACAUCCAAUCCAUAGAAUGUGAAAUCAUUUCUUAACAUGUUUGAUGACUGAAGGAAAAGUCAGAUGAUAAUUCAAACUUCAAAUUCCAAUUUAUUGUCCUCAAAACAUUUUUUAAUCAAAAUUUUUAACUAAUUUCUGUAUUACAUUUCUGCCAUACUUAUAAUUACAUUGUUCCAAGGUUUCAAAAGUGUUCCAAAGGUGUUUGUUUUUUUAUUGGUGGCAAAAACACUGGAAGGAUGAUCAUAUUUUGCAGAUUUAAGAAAAGAAAAGAAAAAAAAGAAAUAAUAUUUUAUAACACUUGUUUUUUUUUAUUCUUACAUGGUAUAAAAUGACUGACUAUGUUUGUAAUAAGCUGUACUGUUACUGUAUAUUUCUACUGUGCUCAACUCAGAUGUACUGAUGUUUGCCUUCGAGUAGCAUCCAAUUUGUGCCAUUAAUAUGAUCAUGUAGCUGCAACUAUUAUGUGUUGUUUCAUAGAACUAUGCAAAGAUAGCUUUCAGUUGAGAAAUCAAACUGUGUGUAAUGGAAAGGUGUUGUAAGAGUUUAGCAUAGGUAACAUAGUCAGACCACUGUAAAGUGCCUUACAUUACAAACCUGUCACUUAAAGCAAUAGUUCACCCUAAACGCUGUGUCAAUUACUCAUCCUCAUCUCGUUCCAAACCUGCAUAACUUUAAUUCUACCAUAGAAAACAAAGAGAGAUGCUUAGCAGAGAGUUCAUGCUGCUCUUUUCCAUACAAUUAAAGUGAGUGGGGACUGUGUCUGCCAUCAAAUAAACGAAUAAUAAUAAUAAUUAGGGAAUUGCGAAUUCAGUGUCGUUGUUUCUGUUACAGAAUAAAAUAUAAAAAAGGUAAUUGCAAAUUUUUAUCUCAUUAUUCAGUAAUUGCAUGUUUAUAUCUCACGAUUCAGACUUUUUAUCUCAGAAUUGCGAGUUUAUGACUUGCAAUUCUGUUUUAUGUUCCUGAAAUAAAGAAAUUAAAAAGGUAGCAAUUCGGGGGUUUUUUUCGCCAGAAAAUGAAAAAUAAAAAGGUUAUUUUUGACAUGUAUCAAAAAAUUCAGACCUUUUAUAUCUCACAUUUCUGAGAUGAAAAAUUCUGAACUGUGACAUAUAAACUCAAACUCAAUUAACUUUUUAUUUUUUUAUUCCAUGCCGAAACAGGCUUUUACAGGGACUGUCAAUUUCCAGAAAGGACAAAAAAUAAACUCUAAAUAUGUUAAAAAGAAUAUAUAUAUAUAUAUAUAUAUAUAUAUAUAUAUAUAUAUAUAUAUAUAUAUAUAUAUAUAUAUAUAUAUUGUAGAGUACAUGGGUUUGGAGUGACAUGAGAGCAUGGAGACAGUGUUCCUAAUUUUCAUUUUUGUGUGAACUAUCUCUUUAAAUGAAGUGUUGUCUUCUAUAUAUGUGAAUUUUGACUUAGUCUUAGACUGUGGAACCCAAUGGGUUCUAUCCUGGGGUAAAGAAGAGAGGAAAGAUCUCUCAGUAGGACCACCAAAACCAAGUUAAUACCAACCUUCCAAGGGUUCGAUCAAGAUUGUUUUGUUUUCUGGCUUAAAGUUGAAGUGUCUUGAUGCACUACAAAACUUUCAAGAAUAGUGUAUUACAUAAACUCCUUUUACCUACUGAAAGUUGUCCUCUGAAUGUAAUGUUAAACAGUGUUGACUAAAAUGUUGCCAAAUGCCAAGUGGAGUCUAAAUAUGCAGUGAAACUGUUACAUAUAUCGUUGUGGAUUUAUAGCAAAAACUGGCUGUUGCAAUUUUUUCUGAGCAAUAAUUCAGACAAUCAGGUAACAGGUAAAGCACACGGCUCUUGUAUGAAUGCAUAUGAAUCAGUGACGUCGAUGAAAGGUGCCUUUAAAACAGGCUUCCAUGGAACUUCAACCAAACGCCUUUUAAUGACAAAUACAGAUUGGUCUGUCUUUUAUAAGAGUGUCUUGGCUAUAUACUGUAGCUAAAGAUGUUUUUCUUUUGUUAACAUACUUUUGUAUGAUAUUUUCGAAGCUUAACCAAACAUUAUUUAAGAAGGAACUUAGAAUAGCUUGUAAUGUUGAUUUUGGUUGAAUUUCUUUAUAAAGCAUUCAUUUGAUAUGAAUUCAGUACUGGAAGCCGGCCCACAUUAAACCUGUCGGGAAAGACACCUUUCAGUCAAACCGUGAAAAUUCCGCUGGGAAGCUUUAUGAGGAAAGUAGCAUUUCAUUGUUGGGUUUUAAAGCUUGACAAGUGUAUUGGGAAUGAAAAUGUUACAGACAUUGAAAUAAAACUGAGUGUUUUUCACAA